AGGCUUAUCUUCAUAACUAGAUGGGUUUUUGUUAUUGUUUUUUUUUAAAUAAACUUAUUUUUAGAAUAGUUUUAAAUUUACAGAAAAAUCGCAAAGAUAGUACAGAGAGCUCCCACACACCCCACGCCCAGUUUCCCCUUUUGUUAAUAUGGUAUGGUUUGUCAUAUUUAAUGAACCAAUAUUGAUACAUAAUUAUUAAGUCAAGUCCAUACUUUAUUUCCGUUUCCUUAGUUUUCCCCUAAUGUCCUUCAGUUCUAGGGUCCCGCCCAGGAUACCACCUCACAUUUAGUCAUCAUGUUUCUUCAGGCUCCUCCUGGAGUUAACGAGAGGACAGAUGCUUGUUUGGCUGUAACAGUUUCUCAGACUCUGUGUUUGUGUUGACCUUGGCAGUUUUCAUAGUACUGGGCAGGUAUUUUGAUUAGACUGGGGGGGUUAUGGGUUUUGAGGAGGAAGGCCACAGAGGUGAAGUACCUGUUUCAUCACGUCUGGGUACAUACUAUAACAUGACUUAAUCACUGUUGGUGUUAACGUUGAUUACCUGGCUGAGGUGGUGUUUGUCAGCGUUCUCCACUGUAAAGUUACUCUGUCUCCCCCUGCCCCCAUACUGUCUUCUUUGGAAGGAAGUCACUGUCUGCAGCUCACACUUAAGAAGUGGGGUGUCAUGUUCUCUCCCCUUGAAGGAAGAGAAUCUGUAUAAAUUGUUUGAAAUUUUUCAGCAUGGGUGAUUUGUCUGUUUUCUUCGAUCCUAAUUAGCUUUUGAAAAAGUGUUUUCUGUCUUCUGGAUUCCAAGUGCUAACUUGUAGCACUUGCAUCACACUUGUCAUUUACUGCCUAGUGACAUCUCCCAUAUUUGUGUGUGUGUGUGUGUGUGUGUGUGUGUGUGUGAUAUAUAAACAGAUCUAUGUGUUAUCUAUGGAUUUCUUGAGGACUGGGACAGAGUUUUACUCAAAGCCCCACACAGAAUUGAACACACUGCAGACAGUUAAUAAAUAUUUAAUAAGCGGUUUUAAAAUUAGUUUAAUUGAAAAAUUUAAAAAUUAACCAUGAUUAAUAACUGAAACAUAAUCUAACUGGACAGAGAGAGGUGAUAGGAUGAGGAUACUGUUGACUCAGGGUCCUGAGUUGUGAAGUCAUCCUGAAUUUGUAAUAGUAGCUAAUAUGGUGCUUACUAUGCGCCAGACACUUUUCUAAGCACCUUUGUGGAUAUUACUUAUUCAAUCUUCUUGACAACCCUAUAGGUUGGUGUUAUUAUUACCCCAUUUUACAGGUAAGGAAACUGAGGCAAGCAGAAGUUACAUAAGUCGGUCAUGGGCAUACUACUAGGAAGUGGCCCAGCUGGGAUUUUGAUCUCAGAUACCCUGGCUUUAGAGUUGUUAACUCAUCACCAGUGGACUCUAAAUUCAUUGAAACGAUGAUUAAAAUUGUAUCACAUUUGGGGAAACUAGAUUGCUAUUUAAACACUUCAGUCCAAUCAUUUAGGAUGCUACCGAUGACAUGGCUGGCAACAAUAUUGCUGUGUGUUUCCAUGGAGAAGUAUUUCUAUAAAGCCACAGCUAUUUUUCCUUCUUUUUUUUUUCUUUUUCCUUUAAUGAGUAAUUUUUGCAUAGUACAAACAACUAAUUUGGUUUUUUAAAAAUCCAGGCAUUUUCAUGAUUGAAUUUUGUAUACAAAUCAUAUUCUAUAUACUCCUCACUUCCCAAUUAUAUUGUCUGUGGAAAAAUAGUUUGCUUUGUAUUUCCUCUCGGGUGUUUUUAACCAGAAGAAAUGAUCAUUGGGUUCUGCCAGAUAAACAACUCCCUCAGUGUGUUCCUUGUUUGAAUGGUCACACCUGUGGGCACCAGGAGGCAGCCUGGAUUCCUGCAGAGAUGAGGCCAGGGAGGAGAGCUGCUAGCUAAGCCACCCAAGCCAUGAAUCGGCCCUGGCUUCCUGAGCCAUAAACAAAUGUGAGCUUUGUUCUCCUCAUUGCUCAUUUGGUCCCAAGUAUGACUCAGGGUUAGGCUGGGUCCUGCAGGCUCCGUGCCUUUUGGCUGGUGGAAGGAAGUGGGAGGAUUCCAGGGUAGUUCUGGGACCUUUUCAAACUGCAGAGAGGAGGCUGACUGCAUGAUGGGAGAGGAGACUAUUGGGAAGAAGUUACCUCCAACUACAGCAACUCAAGAGUCGUCAAAAACAGAAAUGGACAGCAGGGCAAAGACCAAGGAUUACUGCAAAGUAAUAUUUCCGUAUGAGGCACAGAAUGACGAUGAAUUGACAAUCAAAGAAGGCGAUAUAGUCACUCUCAUCAAUAAGGACUGCAUCGAUAUAGGCUGGUGGGAAGGGGAGCUCAACGGCAGACGAGGAGUGUUCCCCGAUAACUUCGUGAAGUUACUCCCACCAGACUUUGAAAAGGAAGGCAACAGACCCAAGAAGCCACCCCCUCCAUCAGCUCCUGUCAUCAAACAAGGGGCAGGUACCACUGAGAGGAAACAUGAAAUUAAAAAGAUACCUCCUGAAAGACCAGAAACGCUUCCAAACAGAACAGAAGAAAAAGAAAGACCAGACAGAGAGCCAAAACUGGAUUUACAGAAACCCUCCGUUCCUGCCAUACCGCCAAAAAAGCCUCGGCCACCUAAGACCAAUUCUGUCAACAGACCUGGCGCGAUGCCCCCAAGAAGGCCAGAACGACCAGUGGGUCCUCUGACCCACACCAGGGGUGACGGUCCAAAGAUUGACUUGGUGGGCAGUGCGAUUUCCGGCAUCCUGGACAAGGAUCUCUCGGACCGCAGCAAUGACAUCGACCUAGAAGGCUUUGACUCCGUGGUGUCAUCUACUGAGAAACUCAGUCACCCAACCACAAGCCGACCAAAAGCCACGGGAAGGCGUCCUCCGUCCCAGUCUCUCACGUCUUCGUCCCUCUCAAGCCCUGAUAUAUUUGACUCUCCAAGUCCAGAAGAAGAGAAAGAGGAACACGUUUCACUUGCGCACAGAGGAGCAGACGCGUCAAAGAAAACGUCAAAGACUGUUACCAUAUCCCAAGUGUCGGACAACAAAGCUUCCCUGCCGCCCAAGCCGGGGGCCAUGUCUGCAAGCGGUGGGCCAGCCCCAUUGUCCGCGGCAGCACCCUCCCCCCUCUCGUCCUCUUUGGGAACAGCUGGACACAGAGCCAACUCCCCGUCUCUGUUUGGCACGGAAGGAAAACCAAAGAUGGAGCCUGCGGCCAGCAGCCAGGCAGCCGUGGAGGAGCUGAGGACGCAGGUCCGUGAGCUGAGGAGCAUCAUUGAGACCAUGAAGGACCAGCAGAAACGAGAGAUUAAGCAGUUACUGUCAGAGUUGGAUGAAGAGAAGAAAAUCCGGCUUCGGUUGCAGAUGGAAGUUAACGACAUAAAGAAAGCUCUUCAAUCAAAAUGAAUACUUGAUCAAUGAAAUGUUGCAUUUUUCAUCCUGAGUCAGAGACUCAAAUUUUCCGCCCCAGCCAAAAUAACCUUGUGCCAAAAGAUGAAAGGUUUGCCUCCAUAUAUCCCUGUGUGAAAGAUUAGCACAAAAGUCUUGAUAGCACAACACAAAUUCCAUCCAAGAGGAGAAUCUAUCCCAUGGUGUAGCCCUGGGUCUGGCACUUCGACAGAGCAAAUUGUGCUAAAGGCUUUUCUACCUUGAGAUCUCAACGCGAAAUGAAAACUCAGGCAGUUUAGUCCAUAGUGGUACUAUUUUGAUGAUAUUUUCCAUGAAUAAAAUGUAAUUUCCGGUUCUUCGUUUACAAGCUUUAUAAUUUUUUGAUUUUUUUAAUCGUGUUUUGUCCCAGACCCCUCCAGUGUUUGUACUACACAUAAGUCAGGAGUGAGAAUCCCCUUCUUUUGCUUCAGGCCGCAAGCUGCCUCGCUUUGUUUUCCCCUUUAGGAUUGUAUUACGUAUGCAAUUUUAGGUCCAUCCCAUCCCUUCCUGCUGCCAACAAAGUCCACCACCCUCAGAUCAAUUUUAGCUUCUCUGUGUUGGUAUAUUUACAAAAAGAGAAAGAGAAAAUCUGGUGUUUGCAAUGAUCUGUGCCUUCUUUUUACCACCCUCUGGAUUGGAGCUUUUGUGAUGCAGCUACCAUGAUCCAAAAAAAAAAAAAAAAAGUUUACUUAGCCACUUGUUAAAGUCCACUAGAGGCCACUGUCUUCAAAGCUUCCCUCACCAUCGCCAAAGGUCCGAAGAGGAGACAGCUGUGAAAUUGGGAGUGCUAGGUGGUACCAGCUGUGACUUUGAAGUUUCUCCUGGGUUUUGGUUGUUCAUGAAACUAGAAUGUCACCCCUGCUUGAUUUUUCACCUGCCAAGUCAAACCCUUGCCUCCUGUCCUUUGCACCUUUUGCGUGAACAGAAUAUGCAUUAUUAAAGCAAAAAUAAAUAAAGUAAAAUGCAAAUGAA